UUGGUGAGUCAGUGUCAGUGAUGGAGGGAGAUUCUGUCACUCUAAACACUGAUGUUACUGAAAUACGUGAAGACAACAGCAUACUGUGGAAAUUUGGAGCUGGCAAUUCUCACAUAGCUAAAAUCAGUAGAGAGAAACAAAUAUUUUUCAAAUAUGAUGAUGUUCUGGAUGGAAGAUUCAGAGACAGACUGAAGAUGGAUCAUCAAACUGGAUCUCUAACCAUCACAAACAUCACAUCUAAACAUGCUGGACUCUAUAAUCUGGAGAUAACUGGUGCAAAAUGGUCAUCAAAAACAUUCAGUGUUUCUGUCUAUGCUCGUCUUCCUGUUCCUAACAUUACCAGAGACUGUUCAUCUUCAUCAUCAUCAUCAUCAUAUUGUUCAUUGUUGUGUUCAGUGGUGAAUGUGAGUCAUGUGACUCUCUCCUGGUACAAAGGAAACCGUUUAUUGUCCAGCAUCAGUGUGUCUGAUCUCAGCAUCAGUCUCUCUCUACCUCUGGAGGUGGAAUAUCAGGAUAAAAACACCUACAGCUGCGUGCUCAACAAUUCAUUCACUAACCAAACGAGACAUCUCAACAUCAAACAACUCUGUCACACAUGUUCAGGUGUGUUUGGUGAGUCAGUGUCAGUGAUGGAGGGAGAUUCUGAAUCAAAAACAUUCAGUGUUUCUAUCUAUGCUCGUCUGCCUGUUCCUAACAUUACCAGAGACUGUUCAUCAUCAACAUCAUCAUCAUCAUCAUCAUCAUCAUCAUAUUGUUCAUUGUUGUGUUCAGUGUUGAAUGUGAGUCAUGUGACUCUCUCCUGGUACAAAGGAAACAGUUUAUUGUCCAGCAUCAGUGUGUCUGCUCUCAGCAUCAGUCUCUCUCUACCUCUGGAGGUGGAAUAUCAGGAUAAAAACACCUACAGCUGUGUGCUCAACAAUCCCAUCAGCAACCAGACUCAACAUCUGGACAUCAGCAAAUUCUGUCACACAUGUUCAGACUCAGAUUCUUUGACAGUGUUGAUCUCUGUUGCUGGUGCUGGAUCUCUGUUGAUUGUCACUGGAUUUGGGAUCUUCUGCAUCUGCUGGAAAUGUAGAAAAACUGAUGAAGAAGUUCAGAUUUGUGAAGACGUGAUCACUUAUGUCGUUAUGCUACAUGAGCCAACGUUCUACAAAAGAAAUGGACAUACAUUGAAAGUUGAAGAGGAGGAUCAAGUAGUAGAGUAUGUGCCUGUUAGAAUGAGAAGUUGAUCAAACUGAUUUGUUUUAAGUAUGUUUUAAUGUGAUCAAUGUUAAUAGGAACUAAAUGCGAACUUUUGGACAUAUUUGCCCUGUUCAGUUUUUUUUUUUUUUUUGUAUCAUUUUGCCUAUGUUAUUGCCAGCUGCAUAAAUUUUGGCACAGGUGUGUAUUUUUAUUGGAAUUUUACUAUUUCACCCCCAUUUCCUUUAAUAAAUCUAUUUUGCACUAGGUACAAAAAUAGUUCCUCUCAGGACCUUAAAGGGUUACUCCACCC